UAUGAAAUAGAAUACCUGAAACUCACAGUAUCUCCUCAUUCCCUUCUUGCGACUUCAAAACGACGGAAACAGCGGAAAGAGAGAUUGCAGGUCGCACCGUUGCGAUCUGGGCAUGGGUCUGGUGCUGAUGCUGCGUGGUGAUGUUCGCGUGGGGGCUGGAAUAUUGCCGGUGGGAAUGCGGAAGGAUUCGUGGCGGUGUUUCGGUCAGAUUGUUCCGUCCGAUUCUUCAUUUGGAUCCGCGUUGGUAACAGGUUUGUGAUGCCGUGAAAGAGAUGCUUCGGUAUAAAUCGCGCCGGUGAUGCAUCAGAGCGUGAAGAUAGUUAGCGGCGGUCGUUCAUGGAGGCGAUUGGCAUCGGCAGUGAUGACGUGACCGGUGGCUGCCACCAUGGUCACAGACUUGCGUUCAGUUUUCUUUGUAGGUUUGUUGUUGCUGAGCUUGUUGAUGCGGUCUUCGCGAUGGUUAAUGGUUUGGUUGUUCAGUGGCGUGACGUAUGGAACGGAUCUACGGCUGAAGAGCUGAUGCUGAGAAGACGUAGAUUCGCGUCGGUGUUGAGUUUAUUUAUGUGAUACUAGUAUAAAAGGGUGAUGAUAGUAAGAAACAUAUACACGUGAAAGAAAGGCUUUUGUUUUGAUUUUCAUCUUUCUUCUUUGAAAAAAGUUUCCAUAGCGGCCAUGGGAGGAUGGUGUAACGGGGUGUGGAAGUGGGGAGAUUUAGGAAUCUCGGAGUCGGAAGUGGACCAAGCGGGUUUGUUUGAAAAAGUGGCGGAUUUGAGGUCUCGUUUAGAGAAUUUUGGGGGAUUGAAUGAUGAUAAUGACUCCGUUUGUUGGUUACUUGAUCCGGAAAAGUGUUAUUCGGUUUCGUCGUGCUACCAUCGGUUUGCUUCUUUAAGGACGCCUCACGGUCCUUUUAAGAAGCAUGAAGACGCUUUGGUGAAAAUUUGGACUAUGGAGGUCCCUUUUAAGAUUAAAGCCUUUGCUUGGAGACUUUUUGUGAAUAGGCUUCCUACUAAAGAUCUUUUAGAGUUUAGAGGUAUUCAUUUUUCUACACCUAACUUGAAUUGUGUUUUUUGUGAUUCGCAUUUGGAGAAUAUGGACCAUAUGUUUUUCAAAUGCGAAGUGAUUAAGGUUGUUUGGAAGGAAAUUGGUUUGUGGGUGGACUACCCGUGUUGGUGGAUGGAAGAAUGCAAGUCGUUCUUUAUGGAAUGGUAUCUCAACGGGCGGGUAAAAGGUAUCAAGGAUGGAAAAUUGGGGGUGUUUUGGUUAGCCACUUGUUGGGUUAUAUGGUUGACAAGAAAUGGCCAUUGUUUUAGGAACGGCGGUUGGAAUAUUAACAACAUUGUUUGGAAUAUCAAGAUCUUAAGUUGGAGAUGGUCUUCUUUCGGCGAUAUUGCUCACUCCAAUUAUAACUUAUACGAUUUUUGUAAAGAUCCUUUGUCUUUUAUGUCGUAAUUUAAUUGGUUUGUAAUAUCGUUUUUUGUCGGACUUGUUCCGUUCUUGUGUAUCAAGGUUCGAGAACCCUUAGUUCUCGUAUAUAUGAAAUUCUUGCUUACACAAAAAAAAAAAAAAUAGGAGCCAAUGCUGUAAAAUAUGUACACGAUGGAGAUAUAAUUGUGAGAAAAUAUGACUGGAAACUGUAUAAGGGUUAAUGGUUAGUCACAAUGUGAAUGAAAGUGUCGGUAGAGAAUAAGUUAGGGUUGGAAAAGUGUUCAUGGAAAAUUUUGUACGUCCCCCGAAAAAAAGUCCCCCAUAAGGGUUUCUUAUUAUCCUAUUUAUAACAAAAGAAAUUUAGGUCUUUCUAAUGUGCCAUUUGGGCUUUUACAUUUG